AUGAGCAAGAAAGCCCCCAAGUACUUCCCCUCGCUUUACGACUCCAACAGCAUCUUCUCCUCGCUCAGCAAUUUCAACAUCUGGAAGAACUUGUUCCCGGCCGAGGAGGUCACGGAAAACAAGGCUGCCAGUGCUCCGCUGUGGCCACAGGGACUGGCCGAGAACCCCUACGAGCCCCUCAAGUUCUUCUCCCCCCCAGCAGGAGGGGAUUCCACCUGGAGUGAACUAGAUGAGAUAUGUGAGCUGGACAUCAGGCUGAAGGAGAUGGAGCUUCUUACACUGACAGGAGAUGGCUUUGAUUUGCGGCGAUAUAAGUUCCUAAAGAUGCUGAAAGAUGAGAAGAUGCAAGAUAUCAAGACAGCCAAGGAAAAGAACCUUCAGGUCAUAAAGGAUAAGGCAAAAAAAUGGUAG